AUGCAGCCGCACAUUGCAGUCUCAGAGAACCGCGAGCCUGAAGUCAAUGAGAAAAAGCAAAUUGCAGGCACAGUUGCGGGUGUCGACGAUCCAAGCUCACCCUCCCUUGAAGACGCUAGCAUUGGCAGGCGAAGUGCUCGCACCACAACCUUCUUUGCGGUAGCUGGCUGUACAGCAGCGAACUUUUCCGAUGGCUAUCAGCAGAAGAUUGCCAACAACGUGAAUGUAAUCUUCAAGCACAUGUAUGGCUCCGCGUACACCGCGGCAGACCAAACGAGAAUUUCGAACUCUCUCAUUGUCGGCCAAAUCCUGGGAAUCAUCCUGUUGGGGUUUGUCACCGAUGGCUGGUCCCGGAAGGCAGGCAUGGUCUUUACUUCCUCCCUGGUUGUUAUUGGUAGCUUGAUGGCAACGCUGGCGCUGAAGGUGCAACACCUCGGCGUGGAUAGCAUGCUGUGGUACCUUACCAUAGCUCGAGGCAUUGCUGGCGUAGGAGUUGGCGGCGAGUUUCCUGCUGGAGCUACUGCUGCCUGUGAAGGUAUGGAAGACUACAACCCAGCAAAUCGGGGCCCCAUCUUUGUCUGCGCGACGACAUUUAUUACCUGCUGGGGAGGUCCGGUGUGCAUCUUCGUCUAUUUGAUGACGUUGAUCGCGUCCAAUAAUGAUCUCACAACGGCCUACAUCUCGGUCAACACCAUCUCCAUUCUCCUCCCGCUUUUCGUUUUCCUCUUUCGUCUGCGCAUGGAGGACUCCAAGCUCUUCCGCCGUUCCAACUUCAAGACGACCAAGACGGUAUCGAUUCCCCUCCGCCUCAUCCUCAAGAGGUACUGGCUCAAACUCGCUGGCACCGGCGGGGCCUUCUUCAUCUACGACUUUGUCAAUUUCCCCAACGGCAUCAUGAGCAGCACCAUCAUCAACUCUCUCGUUCCGGGAAAGGCGCUGCAGACCGUGGCCAUUUGGCAGCUUAUCCUCGCUCUGAUGACGCUUCCGGGUGUCUUCGUCGGCAUUUUCCUCGUCAACCGCCUCGGCCGCCGCUGGACGGGCAUCCUCGGCUUUGGGGGCUACCUGCUCAUUGGGCUCAUCGUCGGCUGUUCGUUUGCCGAGAUCUCGAAGGUAAUCCCCGCGUUCGUCGUCAUGUACGGGCUGAUGCAGAGCCUGGGCCACAUGGGUCCAGGCGCGACUCUUGGGUUGGUGUCUACGGAGACGUAUCCCACGGCGAUUCGUGGUGUCUGUUACGCCAUCUCAGCAGCUCUGGGCAAAGCCGGUGCGGCCGUGGGGACCGAAGUGUUCACGCCCAUCAAGGAGAACCUCGGCCAGCGCUGGACCUUUUUCUUCACUGCGAUUUUCGGUGCCAUUGGAAUGGUCGUGUACUGGUUCUUAAUCGAAGACAUGACUGAGGCAGAUCUUCUGGCCGAGGACAAGGCUUUUGAGUUGUAUCUACGGGAGAACGGGUGGGAAGGUGAGCUGCUGGAGCAGGCUCAAGAAACUGAGUAA